GGCCUCUGCCGACGCAGCUGGAGGUAUCGCGAGUGGCAGUGGUGUCAAGCAGGGGUCGGGAGCAGGGGGUGGUGCAAGUGGGUUCGACCCGGUGGCGGAGCUGGGUAUGACGGCGGAGGAGGCGGCGGCAGCCGCGGCCAUGUUCGCAAGGUACGGCGAUAUGUCCCGGGGCAGCGGGCGCAUCGGGGAGUACGAGUUCAGGAGGCUGCUGCAGGCUGCUGGCGCCCCUGCGCUGCCCCCCUGCGAGCUCACGCUGGCGCUGCUGCUGCACGACGGCGACAAGAAGGGCUGGCUGAGCUUCCGGGACUGGGUCACCUGGUGGGUGAAGGAGGGGGAGUGGAGCAGGGGGGGAGGGGAGGGGAGGCAGGAGGAGGAGGAAGGGGUAGAGGCGGGGAGUGAUAAGGGAGGAAAGUAGGUGCCACGAUGCUCGCUCUAGCUUGACCUGGGGACCACAGGGGUGAGGGGGAGGAGGGGUGCGGAAGUGGGAGGGUAUUGACGACGGAACCCUUCGGGAGGGGAAGGGUAGAGGUAGCGGUAGACGAUUGGGCUUGAAGAGUGUUCGACUGCAGCGGCAGCAGUUGUCGCUCCAAACGACGGAUGGAGCGGGUGUGCACACCCCGGUGGCGAAACGUUGACCUUGCCUGGCUAAACUUGCUACUGGGAUCGAGAUGGGCGAACCGCUAGAACGCUUUGUGCCCUAGCCUGCAUCAAGCAACCAGAAACAGGAACCUUAGGAGCGUGUUUCAUGUGCGGGUGUUUUGUUGUACAACACUCAUACGAUGCACGGCUUUAUCGUAUGGAAACGUUACAUGUGCCAUUUGCUAGUAGCUCGUCGUUCCUUUUUGUUAUUUUGUGGUUGUGGUAGGGUUCGUGGUCUUCGUACGGGAAUGUGGUAAGCGUUGUCUGUCUAGUGUUUCUGUUGUUGCUGCUGUUGUCGUUGUACUAUAGGAAGAUGGGACGAGGAGCCGCUGGGACCACCACGCACGCGCUACGGUGUGACGAGGCUUUACGCGGAUGUACGGUAUGGCUGAUGCAUGAAGUUUGUUGACGUAAUUGUACGGCUUUUGGUGUAAUGUACGGAAGAUUUGUGUCAUCCCUGCGAGGUGUAUCAUAGUUCGCCGAUGAUGUUUGUAUGGUAUGGUCGCGUGCUUUCUUCGCAAUCUGCUUCUGAAGUUUGCCGAUUUGUUUGGACUUAAUGGGCUUUUCGUUUACACUUCAGCCUCCUCGUUACCGGUACAUCAUCAUGUUUGCAGCCUCAUCAUUACCUAGUCAUAUAUUUGCAAAAUGGUUGUGAAGAGUACCUGGCAAGCUUCGAAGAUGGAGGUACGGCAGCUGAGUGUUUUUCUUAUAUGGUGGUGUACGCUGACCAACAUGGUGUCUGGGUACGACACCCCCACUGCAAGCCCGUGACAGCGGCUGAUGUUCACAUGCAGGCAUGCAAAUGCAACCGCAUGUGCACGAGCAUAUUCGUUACCAUGUAUCGGCCGGAGGCAAGCACUCACUUUCUGAUUCUUUGCAGCGAGUUCGCACAUGGGCCCUGUGCAUGAGGCUGUAUGUGGGGUGCUUUAUGAUGGUCGUCUGCCGAUGAACGGCAUGGCGGGAGAUGGUGGCGGCAAUUACCGGUAUGGCAAGGAAUUGACGUCAACUUGCGGCUUCCCUUCCUGCUGGCCUGACGCGUCCAGGAAACAAGUUGUUGGGGCCGCUGUUGCGUGGAUCUUUGAGAGUCUUGGUGAUGGAAAUGAUUCUGUCGGUUUGGUGGUUGGCUGGGGUGAGUACGAACGCCCCAGUGCGACCCGUGGGUCCUUAGUAGCCCCAUAAUCCGGCAAGGAGCUCAAGUCGUCGACAUUCAUGUUGCGAGGCUGCCUGCAAUCCCGGAAUGAGAGUUUCCGGUUUGGUGAUGUGCGGUUGGCAGCGUCUGUAGUUGGUGUAAACUGGUUGCGCUGACGUUGGCGGCGCAGCCUGGUAUCACUUUGCGGGGCAAUAGGAGUUUGGCGAUGCCAAUUGGGACGCGCGCUGCGCUAAUAUGCGAGCGGUUACCUGCAUCUUGGUUGCUUGACCGGUGUUACCGUCUAGGUUUCACCAAGAUAGGCUUUUCCCUUGGUUGUCGUCCAUUUUAGCGUUGCAUAGAGCGUGCCUGUCAAUUCUUUUGUUAUGUUGCCAUGCAAUAAUAGGUACGACCUGAUUGACCAGGACUUUGCUGCAAUUAGUAUUUUUCCUGGAGCACCAGACUCCCAUAGUAUGGUGUAACGUCACCAGAUGGGGCAAAGCUUGUUUAAUUCGGAGGGUGUGUAGGGUGGAAGAUGUCAUGGGGCAAAGGAUAUAUCAAUUGGUAAAUGGUAACCGGGCUGGAGGGG